AAUAAUCGAAUGGCGCUCUUUUUUCACUCACAAAAAUAACAUGUGAUCAUGGAAUAUUGAGAAUUAGAAUUUUCAAACAUUUGACAAUCAUUUAUAUUCAACAAACUAAACAUGGAAAUAGAUAGUGAAGAAGAACGACGACUUCAAUCAAAGCUCAAUGAAUGUGCCAUAACUUUUAUGGAUAAGAAAAAUGUUUUGGAUGCACGGGAUAAAUUAUUACGAUUACGUCAGGAUCGUCAAACUGAUUUGGCUAAAGCUGUUGCUGUUGUUGGAACAUGUCCAGAUAUGUGUCCUGAACUGGAACGAUAUUUUCGUAUCGAAACAAAUCAAGUAUCUCCUUUUGAAAUGGAUUUGAUUGCCGAUACUAAUGGUAAACCAGAUGAAAGUCGUAUGGUGAAAGAAUAUCGACGUUCAGGCGCUGAUCAAGAAGAACCUUUGGCUCAUGAACUGAGACCGAUCCAUGUUUUGGAAUAUACAAUGAAUUAUCUGUGUUUGGAGAUUGUUGACCGAUAUGAAAUCGAUGGAAACAUGGCCGAAUGGUUUGAUUUUAUUUGGAGUCGUACUCGUUCGAUUCGUAAAGACAUCACACAACAACAUCUAAUCGAUAUUAGAUCAGUAACGUUAAUAGAACAAUGUGCUCGAUUCCAUAUUUUCUGUGCCUAUUAUCUUUGUGAACAAGAAAUGAAAGCUUUUGAUCCGAAAAUCAACGAAGAAAAUCUGAAUAAUUGUUUGCAAACAUUAAAAGAUUUUUACUAUGAUCUUAGCAUUCGUGGAAUAUACUGUGAUAAUGAACCGGAAUUUCGUGCCUAUGAUAUUCUAUUGAAUCUUGGUAAUGGUGAAACAUUAAGUGAAUUGAAACAUUUUCAACAAUCUGUUAAGCAAUCGGCCGACGUACAAUUGGCAAUCAAACUUUAUCAAUCUUAUGAUAAUCGAAAUCAUGUAAAAUUCUUUCGUUUUGUUCGGCGAGCAGAUUUUUUCAAAUCCUGUAUACUUAAUCGAUAUUUGAAUCCGUUCCGUAUCAAAGCAUUGAAUAUUCAACGUAGAGCAUAUUCAGUACCGAAAUCAUCGAUUCCAAUUGCCUAUCCAGUUGCUAAUCUAAUCGAAAUAUUAGCAUUUGAUAAUUUUGAUGAAUUAUCUUAUUUCUGUGAUCGAGUUGGUCUUCAAUAUGAUGAAGAUAAUGUUUAUUUUCGUAAGAGUCAUAUUAUUGGUAUUGAUAGUGGUACUUUAAUGACUCGUUCACAUAAUUUGGUUAUGGCAAAAUUACAUACAACACCCGGUCGUGCUAUACUUGGAAACAAUAAUGUGUCAUUUGAAUCAUAUCAAAUUAAACCUGUUCAUUCAAGUUUCAACACAAAUGAUAAACUAAUUUAUGAUAAGAAUAAUUUGAUUUCUAGUGCCAUCAUCACCAAUAAUCAACAGCCGAUUCGUGAAAUGAAUGAAUUACAAUCAAUCAUACAAAACAACAAUCAACAACAAACAUCAACUGGAUUUACUUUUAAAAAUCAAAUCGAAAAACUUGCAACAAAAGAAAAUAUUUUUAAAACUAACGAUACAGUUUCUUUUCGAUUUCCACAGAUUCAAACAUUCGAUUCGAAUAUACCAUUUCAAGUUGCUUCUAUUCCGACACCACAGGAAAAACCUGUUGAUAUUAUCGAUCGAAAAAAAAUAAUCGUUCAAAUUAUUUAUCCAGUUUUUGAUUCAAUUUUAAGAGAUAUUAUACGUUCGCAAACGAAUCAAGUCUAUAAUCGAAUGAAAAUGACGAUUCGAGAAUCUGAAAGAAUAUACAAUCAAUUGAUUGCUGGACAAAUACAUAAUACAGCAGUCAAAACGAUUACUCGACAGAAACAGCUAAAAAAUGUUAUGAUUCAAGUUUCAAAGAAUACAUUAAAUAGCCUUAUAAUUUCGAUAAUCAGAUCAACCUGUAAAAAAGUAUAUACCGAUCAUGUUAUCAAAAUAGAUUUGUUACGUCGAAAUAUUUCAUCAUUUGCCAACAAUUUAUUCGAGGAAAUGUUGACUGUAAUUGCACGUUCGGAAAUCGAAUCGGCAAUCAAUGAUGAACUUCGUAGACAAGAUGAACGAAUAAAACAAUGGCGACAUCAUUUUAUUCAACGAAAAUAUUUAAAUAAAUGGUUUCAUUAUUAUCGACAACGUAAACGAUAUAAUUUUUAUCGAGAAACAUUCCCGGCAGCACCAAUCAAAAUCAUACAAACUGUCCAUAAUGAUAAAUUUGAUGAUGAACAAUAUGAAGAUCUUUUCCUGAAUAACAUUACAUUGAUUGAUGAUAAUUACAUUAAAAUGAAUGAUUCAUUUAAACGAAAACUUGCUUAUUCUACAUCGCCAAACGAUUUACAGCAAAACGAAACAAAUAAACGUUUCUUAUCAUCAAUGAAUGGAAUGAUAAAAAAUAACGAUAAUUCUGGCUUAAUGCGUAAAUAUUUUCAAAGAUGGCUUCGAGAAAUCAGACGUGUAAAAAGAAAACGUAUUCGUCAACAAUUUCCAUCGGCACCAAUGACGUAUUUGCCUAGUGAACAGCAACACUUUGAUCAAAAACAAUUACCAAAUAGUUUAAGCAUAAUUGAUACAUCGAUUGUAAAUGCCGGCGAAUCAUUACAUCAAAAUUUAUUACGAAAAUUAAAUUGUGAUUUUGAUUCAACAGUGACAUUGAUACGAAAAACAUUAUCCGAACGUCGACAACAAAGACAGCAACUUGUUUCCAAAUCAAUGAUUGUUGAUUCACAAGAAUGAAAUUUAAAUAAUUUUUUGUUUGUUAAUUUUGCAUUUGUCAU